AUGAAAUCCCUCUAUGCUGGCAAUAUUGAUGUUGGUCCAAAGUUUGUUUCUUCUGUUCGUUCUUAUGUUGCUACAUGGCGUUCCAUCUACCAAUCAUUGUCGCCUGAUUCGGUUGUGGCCUUCAACGCUUUGGCCUCAAUGGGUCCCAAUUGUGAGCGCUUCAUCCAGUACGCCUUGGAGCACCGCUUUGAUACGUUCGCUGCUUCAUCAAAGAAGUACAAUAACAAAUCGAAGGGUGAUGGUAUUAAAUGUUUCCGUUGUAAGAGGCGUGGUCAUACUUCCAACAAUUGUCAUGUCUCUUGGGAAGAGGUUCAGGCUGCUCGCCAAGAUAAUAAGGAUGACAAGGAAUCUAAGGAGGCUAAAACCUCAAGAGGUUGGUUUGCUGAGACUAUUGAUGAAUUUUCUGAGAUAGUUGAUGAUGAUCCAUUUGUGAGUUCCGCUUUUGUGUCCGAGACAUCUGUUGUUUCUGAAAAGUUUGGUAACAGUUGCUCCGAGUCGUUUGAUGAUUUGGAAUCCGAACUUUUUGAUUCUUCUGAGCCGUGUGUCGGCGAUGAAGAUUGUUUUGUUGGUCAAGUUUCUGAGUAUUGUUCAAACUCAGAACUUGAUAUUGAUUCAGUUGGUAAACCGUUUGUUGGUUCCACUGAUGAUUCUUGUUUUAUUUCUGAACCUACAUCACGUUUUGUUGCUGAAUCUACUACUUCUGCUGAGGCCAACUUAGUUGUUGGGUCUGAUUCUUUUGACUUUAUCCAUGAUACCGGUGCUACCAGUCACAUUUGCAAUAACAUCUCAUAUUUUUCUUCUCUCGUCCCACUUCGGCUACCAUUCCCAGUCCAUGAGGUGUUUGUUGUUGAGUCGUCUGCCAAUCUUUGGCACAAGCGACUUGGUCACGCCAGUGUGGACGUUCUCAAGAAAUUAUCUAAGUCACUUUCUGUCAAGCCUACUCAUUUUGAGGUUGUGGAUAGUCAUAAGUGUGACGCUUGUUUGGGUGGCAAAGCCACAGCAUUGCCAUUUAAUGGUACCACAGAAAAAGCUAGUCGUCCUUUGGAAUUAUUUGUUUCUGAUUUGAGUGGUCCUCAUGUCGCUACCCCUGUGGGUCAUCGUUAUGUCUUAACCAUUAUGGAUUAUUAUUCCAGGUACUCUUAUGUGGAGUUGUUGGUUAGGAAAAGUGAUGCAAGUCUUGCCAUUCGUAACUUUAUUGCUAGGUACCUGGAGCAGUUCUUUGUGUCUAAGGGUAUCAAGCAUACUUAUACAGUUCCUCAUACUCCUCAACAAAAUGGUGUUGCUGAGCGAUUGAAUCGCACAUUAUUUGAGAAAGCCAAGUCUAUGCUUUAUAUGCUCAUGCUCCUGAAUACUUAUGGGGUGAAGCUGUCAACUUAUCGAGUUCUUCUUGAUUCAAGCAUUGUUGAAGCCAGGAGUGUUUACUUUGAUGAGUCCAAGUUUCCAUUUAUGAAAAGUGAUAAGGACUUGUCUAUUAAUGGUACUGGUGUUGGGUUUAGUGUUGGUUCUGGUUCAGGGUCCAUUUCUGGUUCUAGUUUUGGGUCUCAUAGAUCUUUACCAGCAUCCUCAUCUGGUUCUGGUUCUGGUUCUGGUUCUGGUUCUGGUUCUAUUUGUGCUUUUACCGUCUCCGUCUCCGUCUUCUUCUCCGUCUCAUCUCCGUCGCCGCCUCCUUCUUCUUCUUCUUCUAUUAUUGUUCAUAAGCCCCCGUUCUGUUCGUCGCAUUUUGUCUACACCUUCUGCCCUCUUGAGUCUCCUACUCUUCCUUCUAUUGCUUCAGUUCCAUCUCUUCCUAGUUCUCCCAUUCUUCCACCUUCAGAUCAUGAUGUCUCUAUCUCUCCUGACUCUAACUUAUCUGAAACUGGUCCAUCUAUUAAUGAAUCUGAUAUUUCAGGUGAUUCUGGGAUCUCGCAACGAGGGGUGAUAUUGGGUUUCAACCCGUCUAUCAUUGCUUCGUCUCCCACUCCACCACCUUCUGUUGAAUUGGAAGUAGUGCCACUUAGUCAAGAAUCUCCUUCGUCUGAUCUUGUUAAUUCUCUUGACCAAGCUGGUGUUAGUGUUGUCACUAAGGAUGAUACUCAAGCUGUUUUGCCUAAAUCUCGAUCUCGUGUUGUUGCUGUUCGUUUACCUUCUAUAACUCCUGCCAAACGCCCGAGUUCUGAUGACAUUGUUUCACCUCCUUCUAAACACCUUUGUGAAAAUUCUUUGAAACAAUCUCCAGUGUCUGCAACACCUGCAAAACGUCCAGCUGAAGAAGAGUGUAUUUCUUAUCGUCAUCCUAGUAGUUUUGAAGAAGCUAUGUCUAGUGAAGAAGCUGAGUUUUGGCUUGAAGCCUGUGCUAUCAAUAGCAAAUGGGUGUUUAAAGUUAAGCGCAAAGCUGACGGUUCAAUUGAACGUUACAAAGCUCGUCUCGUGUGUAUUGGAUUUUCGCAAGUUGAAGGUAUUGAUUAUACUGAAACUUUUGGUUCUGUUGUUCGUUACGAGACUGUGAGGAUUGUUCUUGCUAUUGCUGCUCAGUUUGGGUUCCAGGUUCAUCAUAUGGAUGUCGAGACUGCAUUUUUAAUGCUCCUUUGUGUUGGAAUGAGAAGAUUCAUGGUGCUCUUUGUCAAACUUGGGUUUAUUCGUAAUGAAAGUGACUACGGCGUGUAUACCAAAGGAUCUGGGUCUACCAUGGUCAUUAUUGCACUGUAUGUUGAUGAUUUACUUAUUUCUGGCAAUUCUUCUGAAGUCAUUGCCAAAACCAAGUCUUCUUUUGUCAUCUAUGUUUAA